UUAUCAGCUGAUUAAUUGGAAAAAUAACGUAUAUAGGCAUUUUUAAUUACUAGUAGAGGCAUUUUACAUGAAGGCUUACAAGUGUUUAACUGGUAAAAUAAUUACCUGCUAACAUCUACAAACAAUACUUAUUCUAUGGUAAAACGAUGGUGAUCAAUAUGUCAAGUUAAUGUCAAUUUCAUUUUCAAUGUCAAACUAAACAAUAGCAAAAAUACAAAAUACCAGGAGACCACAAAAUAUAGUACUUAAAAUAACAUGCAGUACACUAUUUUUAAUUGUGAUUGAUUACUCCAGUUUUGUAUCUAGGUUUAUAAUUUUGUGAAAGCGUUUACUAUGUGGUGAAUAAUUUGUGGUUAUAUUGUGAUAAGUGUAAGAAUUGAAAAUAUCGGAUUACAGAGACAAGAUAGCAUUUAAACCUCAGGGUGUCCCUUACGCGCCUGCAGACGAGACUGUUGGUUGUGUUGACGUCGGUGACGGCGGCCGGCGGCUGGCAGCGCCACGUGCGGCCGGAUCGCACCGCAGUCUGCGAGCGGCGGUGCUCGCGACCACGUCCCUCCGCGUCGCGGUGCUCCACUUAUACGUUAUGCUUAUCUUAUUCGCGCCAAGCGACAAACUGUUUGAAAUUCGCAUAUCGUUUAUUCGGAUCUAUGCAGUGACCUCAGUAUAUCAGAAAUGUUGAAAAACGAAGACACCGAGUUUGUAAUGGGUAGAAGUGGGUCGAGGCCGGGGCGACUCCUGACCGAUAGUGUCUCCAGCGAUGAGCCGGAAACUGAGCGCCUGUUGCACUCGCAGCCACCGUCAAUAAUGUUGGCUGGCUGUCGACGGGAGUCCCUGACCGCUCCACCUUCGCCGACCGACUUCCGCAAGAAACGCGACAACCGACAUCAUCACUAUAAGAAUCAUUUGCACCAUCUGAUGCACUGGAGAGAUCGAUGGAGCGGGGAACCCCACAAGGCGCAAGAGAGCCUCCAUCGCAGCGAGUCGAUGGUCUCGCUGGCGUGCUUCAAGACGCUCUCGCAACUCGUCAACAACGAUGACGUCACCGAGCUGCAGCAGUACCUCGCCAACAACAAGAACCUCAACAUCGACGAUAAAGACGAGAAUGGCACGACAGCGCUCAUGUGCGCGGCGGAGCAGGGCCGCGUUGGCGCGGUGCGCAUGCUGGUCGGUGCUGGCGCGGACGUGUGCGCAGCCGACGGAGGAUGGACGCCUCUGAUGUGGGCGUCGUACAAGGGACACGACGAAGAAGUAGCAUUAUUAUUGGAGAAAGGAGCAGAUGUGCAUGCCCACGGAAAUUAUAAUAUCAAUUCAUGCAAUCACUUUGAGAUCGUACAAAUGCUAUUGGAGCACAAGCCGAACGUAAAUGCGUUGGACAAAGACGGCUACACCGCGCUGGCGAUAGCCUGCAAAGAGGGAUACUAUGACAUCGCAUUGGCUCUCAUCAAUUCUGGUGCCUACAUCAAUGUUCAGGACCAUUCGAAAGAUACUCCGUUGAUCCACGCGGUGAAGGGAGGUCACAGGAACAUCGUGGAAGCGUUGCUAAAGAAGCACGUGGACGUGGACCUGCCGGGCAAGGAGAAGAAGACGCCGGUGUAUACCGCGGUGGAGAAAGGCCACGUCGCCAUACUGAAGCUGCUGCUGGCCUCCAACCCGGACCUCGAGCACUGCACCAUUCGUGGUGUUGGGCAAGCGCGUGUGCCAAACCCCGCCUCCCGUUGA